CCAGCUAACUUGGCGUCUGGACAUCAUCACCAAUUAACAUUAGAUGCAGUGGAAUGAUUUGCGUACCUUAUUAUAAAAUAAGGAAGGCAAUUUAUUCAUAUAACCUACUCAGGUAAAGGAAAUGUAUAUUCCUAACAAGAUCACAACCAUUUCAUCUUGCAACUCGAACGGAAGUCACAUACGGGGUGCGAUUCCAUGGUAAUGCUCACGCAUCCUUUAACCUUGAUAGUUCCAUUAAUAUCGAAGUUCCGCAUUGUUAUAAAUUUUCCCGCCUACAGUGUCAUCUCAGACUGCUUGAUAAAAGGUGUGUUUUAAAAGUGUCGUUGACGUUUACAAAAUGUGCGAAACUAAAGCCAGAUUGGACGGAAAAGUGGCUAUAGUGACAGGAGGUAGCUCAGGAAUAGGCUUGGAAGCUGCAAAAAAUCUAGCCAGUCGUGGUGCACGGAUUAUUAUUGCUAGUAGAAAUGAAACCAAACUCAUAAUGGCUAAGGAUCAUAUCCAAAACGCCACUGGGAACAGUGAUAUAGCGUACGGGAUUCUGGACUUAGCCUCUCUGUCUUCUGUGAGGAGUUUUGCUAGAAACACUAUUAACAAUGAACCACGUCUGGAUAUUCUGAUAGACAACGCUGGAGCUGUAAUACUUCCUGACCGAUUGACAGAAGACGGACUCAAUCUUACUAUGCAAGUCAAUUACUUUGGUGCAUUUCUAUUAACAUACCUUCUGCUGCCAUUGCUAAAGAAAUCGUCGCCUAGCAGGAUAAUUAUUGGGACUGCCGCAUCAAUGUACUUUGGCAGCAUCGACUUUGACCACUGGAAUGAUAUCGGCAGGUAUUCUUGGGUAGAGAGUCUGGCUAAUUCUAAAUUAGCGGAUGCAUUAUUAGCUGUUGAACUGAGUAGAAGACUUCAAGACACAGGUGUAACCGCUAAUAGUUAUGAUCCAUUCAUUGUGCGCGAUACUGAUAUUUUAUUGAAUGUCCCAGGUUGGGCAAGCACUAUAGCAGCACCUUUGAUUAGCCUCAUCGGCCAGCCCAAGGAAGACGUUGGUAAGCAAUUGGCUUAUUUAGCUGCGGAGCCAGAAUUAUAUAAUAUAAGUGGAUUUAAUUAUAAAUUUUGUAGCAAAUGGUUAAACCAUUGGUGGGCAACUGACGCAGAAUUUACUGAAAAGUUGUGGGAAGAAUCGAAAAAAGCAGUUAAUAUUACUACUGCUGAAGAUUGGGAAGCGCAGACUGAUUAAAUUUAAGAUUUAUUUUAGAAAUUUGUGUUCCUUGUAUUAUGAUCUUUUAUUUAUUACCUACCUAUACUUACCUACUGAUAUAAAACAAUGUAAAUAAUGUGGGUUUGACGUUUAAGGAUUAGUUCUUCAUUGGUCGUUUUCUAGUUAAGAUCCUUUCUGGAUUGGACCACUUCUUGUAAAACCUAAUUCUUGUAUGCAUUUCUGCUUUUGACCACUACCUUAUUUAACUACCUUGAUUACGGUGUGCAAAUAUAUGCAACUUUUUUUGAUGACGACAUGAAGUAACACCUAAAAUAAAAACAAAUCUAACAAUCAUCAAGAAAGAAAGAAAGAAAUAAAUAAAUUUUAUUGACCAUAAACAGUAUUGUUAACAUAAAUAAAAACAAUAAAAAAGAUGGCCAACUAGGUCCCUGCCUCAGCUUGAUACUACAGCAACACCAGGGCUGCUGCAGCCAUUCAUCACAUCAGUACCUUCUGAGAUUGUUAUCAAAAAUCAUUUAUAUAUUUUUUAUUAAUUUGCACACUAUUGGUAGGUACUAAAAGUAGAUGAAAAACAAAAUGGUGAAUCCAGAAACAGUCGUUUUACGAGGUAGUCUUAAGCAGCAGUGGUCAAAACCAGAAAUGGUCGCAUGCAGAGGUAGUCAAUUCAAAAAGUGGUCACCAAACGUGAAACCCGAAAAUGUUAAUGUAGUAAUUAUAAUGUAGAUCUAUCUUAAAAAUAUCAAGAUAUUAAAUAGCUAAGUUUAUACGUAAGUAGUAGGAACUUACAUAACAUAAUCUGUAAAGUAAAAUAAUAUAAAAAUAUAGCAGCAGAAAAAUA